UGACAAACAUAUUUCGCGCGCUUUUCGUUUCGAUCGCAACAAGAUUGUUGUGAAGUGUGCGUUUCGUAGUUGUAAAUAAUAAUACAAUUAAUUCGGAGAUAAAAUAAAAUUAUAGUAUUAAAAAAUGUCGAGCCCAGCGCGUAUUUCUAAUCCAAGUACACCUUUGGCUGCUCCACCACCAAUUGAUGUGGAGACACCUAUGCGUAUGGGUCGGGCACAUGUUCAGCAUUCUGAUAAUAUAAGUUUACCACCCACUUCUCCUAGAGUAAGUAUAGCCGCAACCAGUCCAGCACGAGGUCUAGGAUGCGGCAUGAGCGAAAUUGAUUUGAGUUCCCCUUUAAAUUAUGGUACUCCCAGUUCAAUGGGCUCCAUACGUACACCACGAUCUGGCAUACGUGGAACACCUUUACGCACUCGUCCUGAUAUACGUACCGACAAGCGCAUGCGUCAGGUAGCAAUUGGAGGUGAUGGGUUGGAACCAAUAACAGAAAGACAUUCAGAGACUGAUCCUAUAUCUGAGGCGUCGACAGGACCACAAAUUGUUGUCUGGGGCACAAAUGUGGUAGUCAGUCAAUGUAAAACAAAAUUUCAAGCUUUUCUAAUGCGUUACAUAGAUCCAACAGCUGAGCAAGAUGAAAUAUCUGAAAAUAUUGAUGUAAAUCAACCAUUGUAUAUGCAAAAGCUUGAGGAAAUACAUACACUGGAAGAACCGUAUCUUAAUCUUAAUUGUGCUCACCUUAAAACAUAUGAUGCAGCUUUGUAUCAUCAAUUAAUAUGUUAUCCUCAAGAAGUAAUCCCAACUUUCGAUAUGGCAGUAAAUGAAAUGUUUUUCGAAAAGUAUCCAGCUGCUAUUUUGGAACAUCAGAUUCAAGUGCGUCCAUUUAAUGCUGAUAAAACACGUAAUAUGCGCUCACUUAAUCCUGAAGAUAUGGAUCAAUUAAUAAGUAUUAGUGGCAUGGUAAUAAGAACUUCAAAUGUUAUACCGGAAAUGCGUGAAGCAUUCUUUAAGUGCAUUAUAUGCGAUUUUAUAUCUACGGUAGAUGUUGAACGGGGUCGCAUUGCCCAACCAACUCUUUGUACAAAUUGUAACACUAAUCACUGUUUUCGACUUGUGCACAAUCGCUCGGAAUUCACUGAUAAGCAACUUGUAAAAUUGCAAGAAUCUCCAGAUGAUAUGGCUGCUGGACAAACUCCACACAAUGUGCUACUGUAUGCUCAUAAUGAUUUAGUCGACAAAGUUCAACCUGGUGAUCGUGUAACUGUUACUGGAAUUUAUCGUGCUGUUCCAAUGAAAGGAAAAGGCAACAAUGUUAAGAGCGUGUAUAAAACUCAUAUUGAUGUAGUACAUUUUCGUAAAGUUGACAACAAACGCCUUUAUGAAGAGGAAGAAGGAAAAGAUCAUAUAUUUCCGCCAGAACGUAUUGGAUUAUUGCACAUGCUUUCACAAAAACCUGAUGUAUAUGAUCGUUUAGCUAAAGCGAUAGCUCCUUCUAUUUAUGAAAAUGACGAUAUUAAAAAAGGCAUUUUACUACAACUAUUUGGAGGUACCAAAAAGAAGCAUACCACUAUGGGAAGACAAAAUUUCAGAUCUGAAAUUCAUUUACUCUUAUGUGGUGAUCCCGGUACUUCUAAGUCUCAAAUGCUACAAUAUGUUUACAAUCUGGUUCCACGUUCACAAUACACUUCAGGUAGAGGUUCUUCUGCUGUAGGUUUGACAGCUUAUGUUACCAAAGAUCCAGAAACUCGUCAGUUGGUUUUACAAACUGGUGCUUUGGUACUGGCUGAUAACGGCGUCUGUUGUAUUGAUGAGUUCGAUAAAAUGAAUGAUGCUACACGUAGUGUUUUGCAUGAAGUAAUGGAACAGCAAACAUUAAGUAUAGCUAAGGCUGGUAUCAUUUGUCAGCUUAAUGCACGUACUUCCAUACUGGCUGCUGCAAAUCCAGCUGAAUCCCAAUGGAAUACAAAGAAAAAUAUAAUUGAUAAUGUGCAUCUGCCUCAUACGUUGCUUUCACGUUUUGAUCUUAUAUUUUUGGUUCUUGAUCCACAAGAUGAAAUAUUUGAUCGUCGUUUGGCAAAUCAUUUGGUUUCAUUAUAUUAUGUUUCUAGACAAGAGGAAGAAGACACUAUGUUUGAUAUGAGUGUUCUUCGUGAUUAUAUAGCCUACGCCCGUGAACAUAUUUCUCCCACGUUAACUGAAGAAGCACAGCAACGUCUUAUACAGGCAUACGUUGAUAUGCGAAAAGUUGGUGCACGAAGAGGUCAGAUUUCAGCUUACCCACGUCAAUUGGAAAGUUUAAUUCGUCUUUCCGAAGCGCAUGCUAAAGUUCGUCUUAGUAAUGAAGUCACAGUAACAGAUGUUGAAGAGGCUUGGAGACUACAUCGUGAAGCUUUGAAACAAUCAGCAACAGAUCCUCUAUCCGGUAAAAUUGAUGUUGGUAUCUUAACAACUGGUUUAUCGACAGCUGCACGAAAGAAACGCGCUGAGUUAGUGGAAGCCAUAAAGGAAAAUUUGAAAAAGAAAGGAAAAAUUCCUACUGUCCCUUAUCAAAAACUGUUUAAAGAGAUCAAGGAAGCCUCACAGAUUCUCAUAACUCGUGAACAAUUUGAAGAUGCUUUGAAGGAAAUUCAAGAUGAAGGCACGAUUGUUGUUGUGCCACCGUUUUGGCACGAGCGACCGGAGAUUUGGUUUGCUCAGAUCGAGGCGCAAUUCGCAGUAGCUGCCAUUACGAGUGACAUCACACAGUUCAACACGGUUGUAGCAGCGAUUGAGUCAAGUGUUAUCGCCGAUGUAAGUGAUGCAGUGCUUCAUCCUCCUGAAACUGGAAGAUACGCUAAUUUAAAGGCUUGCAUCAUAGAGCGGUACAGUGAGAGCGAGCAGCGGAAGAUUCAACGGUUGUUGUCAGAAGUUGAACUUGGUGAUAGACGCCCAACACAGUUGCUAACGGAGUUGACAGCGUUAGCUAAAGACAAGGUGAGCGAUGAGUUCCUUAAGUCUCUUUGGCUGAAGCGUUUGCCACCACAAGUGCGCGCUAUUCUGCAGGCAUCGAACGUGGCACUAGCAGAACUGGCGAAAUUAGCAGAUCGUAUUUGCGAGGCGGGUGAUUUUCAACAGAUAGCUGUAGCGUCAGCCUCUGAUUGUCCAGCCUAUUCUGAGAAUGCUGUGAUUUUACGAAGACUUGAGCAAAUCGAACAGCGUCUGAGUCGUUUGGAUUUACGUCGUAGUGAGUCGGUGCAAAGUCGAUCGUCAUCGAGGAGACGUAGGCGAACUCGUUCCCGACCAGGAAGUCAUCCAGAUUGGUGCUGGUAUCACGAAAGGUUCGGUGAUAGAGCUAAUGCUUGUCGGCAGCCCUGUAGUUUUGUGGCAAGCUCUCAUCAGUCAAAAAACUAG